AUGGAAGAUAAAUCGAAUAGUACAACUGACAAUGUUUCAUUAAAUAACAACAUCAACAAUGAUGAUAUUCAUGAAAAUUUAUCAUCGCAGUACCAUAAUAUUGAUUUUCUACAAUCAAAUGAUGAUGAUAAUGAUGAUGAUGAUGAGAAAACAUCUGAACCGAUCGCUGAACAAGCAGAUGAUUCAGAACUUAAUGUGAAUCACACAACUACAGACAAUAAUCAACAGCAAAUAAAAAAGAAAAAACAUAUUAUGAUUAGCUAUAAUCAUGCAUCAGCAUCAGAUAUUGCACAAAAAAUCUAUGAUCGUCUCACGGAACGACAUUAUAAUGUAUGGUUCGACAAGAAAGAUCUACACGGUAGUGUACUUGAUAGCAUGGGUGAGGCAGUCGAAAAUUCUUAUGUUGUUCUUCUAUGUAUAACUGAUGGUUAUUCUAAAAGUGCCUUUUGUACAAAAGAAGCUAAAUAUGCUGUUGAAAGAAAAAUUCCCGUUAUUCCUUGUAUGGUUGAAAAAACAUUUCGUCCAUCCGGUGGUCUUGGUAUCAUUAAAUCUGAUCUCAAGCAUAUUGAAUUGUUCGAUGAAGAUAAAUUUGAUGAAAAAUUCGAAGAAUUAAUUGAUGAAAUCAAUGCAAUUGAAAUAGGAUUAGGCAUAAAAUCUGCAGCGACUAUUAUGGAUAUGGAUUUCCGUGAUCAUUUCAAUGCUUUUAUUUCUGAUCACAUAGAAUCCAUUAGAAAUUGUUAUCUUCGUCGAGAAAACCUCACUGAAAGUGAAUUUGGUACAAUUCUCUACAAACUUAUUCAAGGAUUUUCUCCUGAAACUUUAGAAUCGUUUCAAAACGAUCAAUCUAACAGUGUUGAUACUAGACAAUUAGAAACAAACGAUAAUGAUUGUCUUAUUCAACAUCUUCUAGAAAAUGAUAAAAAAUUAGCAGAAUUAGUUCGAAUUCAAGAAGAAAUUUAUGCUCGUAAUCAACAAUAUCUUCUCAAAUAUGAUGAACGAAUAGCAGCAUUUAUUCGUUUUCAAGAACAAGCUAAUACAAAUUUUAUGCAACAACAGAUAAAUCAAAAUGAACGUUUGUCAUCACUUAUCCAUGUUCAAGAAGAACAACAGCCAAAUUAUGCUUAUCUACAACAACAACUUUUCAAUCAAAAUCAACCAUCAAUACAACUUGAACAUAGACAACAAGAACAAGAAAAAAAUGAUCAAAUGACAAAACGUAUUCUAUUCAUCGGUCCAACUGGUUCAGGUAAAUCAACGCUAAUUAAUGGUUUAUUCAAUGAUGAUGUCAAGAAAGAAUCUUUGUUAAUACCUGCUAUUACUAAUGAUACAUCUUCUGGUGUUACAUCUGUUUUUACUACUUAUUAUGAUUGUCCAACAUAUGCUUAUACAGAUUCUAUUGAUUUCGGUGAUAAUCGAUUUGAUCAUAAUGAAAUUUUUCGCUCUUUAAAAUGCGUCAUUAAACAAUCCAUGGUUGGCUAUAAUCGAGUUUAUUUAUGUUUGAGAUACGGUCAUAUAUCAAAUGACAUACAUCAUUAUAUUGAAUUUUUGACAACAGUAUUUGAUCAAGAAAAUAUUGUUCAACAAAAUCCAAUUUUAUCUCAAUCGAAUCAAGAUUCACGAGUAAAUCGUUCAUUAGAAACAAGUCAAGUUGUUGCGGUUACAGCAUCUAUUAAUUUAAAAAAUCUUCUUUCCUAUCAAUAUGUUUUGAAUGCAAUUGAAUGUGAUUAUCAUUUAUAUGAAGGACAAGAACAUGAAAUAACUAUGAAAUUAUGGUUAAAAGGACAAACACUGAUUGCAAUUUUACGUUUUAGAUAUUUAUUACAAGAUCUUAAUAUAGAUGAUAAAGAUUUUUCUGAAGGAUUAAAGCAAAUACGUGAAAAAAUAAAUUAUGCUCAUCAUGAUGUACAUUAUCUUCACGAAAAAAAUCUUAUACUUGAAAAUCAGAAUCAUUUUCUUGAAAAUGAAUUUAAACGACAAUUAGAUAAAAUAGUUGAAGAAAAAAAUGAAUAUAUUAAUCGUCUUAUACAUAUUAUUGAUCAAACAUAUACAUGA